AAGGCCAGCUGACAAAGUCAAAUCGCUAUUAUUCAGCAUCGCUUGUCAGGCUUAGUCAACAGACAUUCAGCCAUCAAACCAUUGAAAAUACUAAAGAGAUCCAAUUAGACUCGUUGAAUUGAGCCAGGAGCCAACCUCGGCUAUAAUGCAUGGCUCGUUUGGUGUUCCACAACAUCAAUUCAAGGGAACGACUGUCGCGACUGAAAGACCAUGGGGUUCAACAAGUCUAUAUAGCUUGAAGCCUUUUCAUUGAUUACCCAUAGAACCUUUCCAUUGCCGCUGGACAAUAACGACUGUAUCGCCUCGAGUAACCCUUUGUUCUCAACAAGUAGCAACAUGUUGCUCCACUCAGUUCUAAGUCUGGUCGCUUUCCCAGCCGUCGCAACAAGCUAUUCCUUCACUGCAAAGACAAUUGGGCAACUUCCUCUUGGUACAUGGUUGGAGAAUGUUGCUGUGCGCCCCAAUGGUGACCUCCUGGUAACGGAGCUAUGGCCCUCAGCGACUGUCUAUACUAUCCUCAACCCAGCAGACUGCAAGUCUGGUCUCGAGGAGCUGGUCACCAUCCCUUCUAUUACUGGACUUCUCGGUAUCGCCGAGGUACCCAAGAGCCCUGGUAAGGCCGAGACUUUUGUUGUUGUUGGCAGUGACGCGACCGCUCUCAGUCACUUGACACCAGGAACCUUUGAGGCUUGGGCCAUUGAGUUUCCUAAUCGACGACACCAGCCCAAGGUGAAAGUCAGAAAGAUCAGCAACAUGACCAAGAAGAGCACUUUUCUCAAUGGCGUUGCCGCUAUCCCGGAUAGAUCAGAUGCUGUCCUAGUGUCUGACUCUGUGGCUGGGUUCGUCGGGCGUCUCGACUUAUCCACGGGUGUCUUUGACGAUUCAGCAUUUGUGUUCCCCGAAAUGGCCCCUAUAUCAGCUGAUGCUUUCGGAAUCAACGGUAUCAAGAUCCGCAACAACUACCUGUACUUCACGAACUCCAACGCGGUAAAGAUAUACCGCAUUGCAAUCACGCCAGCUGGGUACCCGAAAAAGGGAGCCAAGCCUCAGCUCGUCGCAGAUCUUUCAAGCGGUGUUGGGUUUUUCGAUGAUUUCGAGUUUGACACGAAUGGCAAUAUAUAUGCCACUACCAAUUUUGACAAUUCUAUCGUCUUUGUGGAUGUCAAGACUGGAGAAUGGAGAACUGUUGUCGGGGGUAUUCACGAGAUGACAGUUGCUGGUUCGACUGCUGCCGCAUUUGGUUAUGGGAAGAAGGGGGAGAAGACCUUGUAUGUUUCCACGUCGGGUGCACUUGCAAAGCCUGUUGAUGGAACGAAGACAGAGGGUGCCAAGGUUGUUGCUGUGAAAAUCCGUCCGUAGGGAUCACCGGACAGUUCUACUGGAACAGCUAAUAGACGAUCCAAAGAGUAGCACUAAGACCAUGCCAGCACCUAUUCUUCAUACUUCUAUUCAUAGCAAUCAGACUCUUCCAAAGUCGAGAACCUAUGAGAAAAGGCAGGAUUGUGGACAAAUAUCAUUAUCAUAUCACCACGUACUACUGCUAUGUACUCAAUCACCCCUGUGUACUGCCCUUGAACCCAAAUAAGUUAUCAUAAAAC